CGCGUCCCGGUUGAAAGGUCGACGACGUCAAACUCGUGCUGCCUGCAGCUGGAACAACAACAAACAUACGUUGACUGAGACAAACGUGAACAUUUGUUAUUUCUCUGUGUUCGCAUCGUAGCUCAUUGUCAGCAGAAAUGUCCGGAAAGGCCAAGGACAUCCUACAGAUGGACCUGUACGGUUUACUCGGGAUUGAAAGCACUGCUACAAGCAAAGAGAUCAAGAAAGCUUAUCGACAGAAAGCCUUGACAUGCCAUCCAGACAAGAACCCAGACAAUCCAAAAGCAGCGGAGCUCUUCCACCAGUUGUCUCAGGCUCUUGAAGUGCUAACAGAUGCCGCUGCCAAGGCUGCCUAUGAUAAGAUUUGCGCUGCCAAGAAAAAAGCAGAAGAGAGAAACAAUAAACUGGACGAUAAGAGGAAGAAAAUUAAGCUUGAUUUGGAGGCCAGAGAGCGACAUGCAGAAGCUCAGAGCCAGGAGGAGGUACAAAUCACUAGAACACUCGAAGAAGAGAUCGCCCGGUUGAGAGAGGAAGGGUCCAGACAACUUGAAGAGGAACAGAGACUCAUCAGAGAGCAGAUCCAGAGAGAAAGAGAAGCACAGCAGCAUCAAACAGAAGGCUACUCUCAUGGAAACUCAGGAGUGGAGAGAUGUUACAAGAGCAAUGUGACCCCAAAGUUGAAGUUGAAGUGGAAGUGUAAAAAAGAUGACAAGACGAAUGGAGGCUACUCUGAGGACAUUCUUUUCAGACUUCUACAAAAGUAUGGGGAUGUUUUGAAUGUGAUUGUAUCGACUAAGAAGAAAGGAAGCGCUGUGGUUGAAUUUGCAACUGUGAGAGCAGCUGAGCUCGCAGUAAAGAAUGAAAGUGGCCUGAGUGAAAACCCCUUGAAGAUUUUGUGGCUUGAAGGACAACCUGAGGUUAUUGCCCCAACAUCUCAACCUGGGCAGUUCAUGUCACAGGGCGCCCUGACAAAUGAACGUGACUAUGAAAGCGUGGUGAUGAUGAGGAUGAGACAGGCUGCUGAACGACAGAAACUCAUAGAACAAAUGCAGAGAGAAGAUGAAGAGGACGCUGGGAGGUCAUAGCACUGCAGGGGCCAGCUACCGUACCAGACUGCAACACUUUGAAGAAUACCGGUUUCAGGCUUUAGUUUCAUAAAGCCUCUUAAGUGUUUUGUUAUUGUUGUUUUAUAUGCAAUACACUGUAAGACAAAAUAAAUCUUUUUUUAAUGACUAAAAGUAAUU